AAGAAUGAUUGGUAUUGAAUUUGGUGAGGACCGAUGCCCGGUUUUUAUAAAAUUUUUUAAAAAUAUAAAUUUUUGAAUUUAGGAAAAAAUAUUUUUUAAUAUCCGAGGUAUGAUUUUCCAACAUUAUAAACAUGGGUGUAUAUUAGCCUGAUUUUGGCUUGCUAAUGAAUUUCUAAAGUUAACAUCAGGUUUAAAUCGAGCCGAUUUUAAAAUCCCACUUGGAAUGCUAUCGAGCUGACUUUCUAUCAAUUUUCUUUCUAAUUGUCAAAAUUUUCUAAGUGACUAUCUAUCUUUAUCUUUUUAUUUCGCUCACAAAGCUUCCUCUAUGAGGAAGCAAAAAUUGAAAAAUCCGCAUGCUUAAAGCAGCUUAAGCAUUGUAAGAUAAAAUGAUGAGGAAGCAAUGUGCAAGUUUCUAAUUUGCACAACUCUACUUGUUUUAGAGUAUGUGUAAUUAUGAGACAAUAUGUUUUUUUUAUCUAAGCAUGUAAGAGGGAUUUCUUGAUCGAAGUUGUUCUCAUGUAUAAUUUAAAUCAAUUGUCAACAUAUUGAAUGAAGAAUCAUAUACAAUGAUGAUAAUAUUUCGUCUAUCGCUAUUGGAAAUUUAUAAGGGAACGAUUAUCUAAUCGCAUGGCAUGUUUUGCUAAUCUACAUACAUGUAUUUCUGUAAGAAAUAUAUGUCUAUUUGGUUUUCGAAUUUAAUCCAUGGAUUUAGUGAUAAAACGAUCAUAAUCGGUGGCACUUUAAUUAAGAACAUUAUCGAGCGACACCCUAAGCAACUCCCUCAAGAGAUCCCAUGUACAUCCCACGUGACAAUUUAUAUUGCAAACGAUCGUCAAGAGGGUAGGAACAAUCGAAAUGAAUCGAAGGCGAAAGAAGAGAUUUUGACUCGGACCAAGUCCAGGGCGUGUACGUGAACGAAGUCGUGCUCCUCUUGUGGUCAAGGUCAUCGCAGAGCGGGGGACUUAGUAGGCAGGAUGUUGGAUCACGGGGCCCCCUCCCUCCGGAACGGAGGAGUAGGUAUAUAUAUGCGUCCUCGCGCGUCCGGAAUACCAGAUUGUUGGCCCUCCCCGUCGGCCGCUUCACCGGUGGUGGUGGUCUUUUAAAAUUCAUCGCGGUGUCCAAGGAACACGCACCUGCAGGAGACCUAGAAAGAGCCCUUGCUCGAUCAGUGCAGUCAGAUCGCGCGCCGUUAACAAGUGUUUUCAUUUAGUUUACUCCCGUCUCACAGUGACAGAUUAACCCCGUAUCGGUGCAACGCAACGGAAAGGAGGAGGAAUCAAGAAGCCAGCCAUGGUGGCUUGGAUUAUCCUCUUGACACUGGUGGGCUUAUCGUCAGCUGUCCCUUCGAAACGACGAGUACUUGUUGAAGAAAUUCUGUCUUUUACACCACCACGGAAUCAGCAGCAUGGAAUCGUUCGCUCGUUCCAGAGAGACGCUGUCGAAAGGUCGCCGACUCCAACGUUCGAUCGCCUGUCAAAUUAUUUAGAUUAUAACGAGUUUGGCUCGCACAGAUAUCCUCUGCGCGAUGCAGUCGAAUCGUUACCAGCCAACGUGCUGUACGCUGAAUCGAGUCUCAAAUUUCGAGAUGACUUUGAAAGAGAGAACGGAAGAUUACCUUUGAGAGAUGCAGUAGAACAUCGCGAAGCACCUUUUCUCAGCGUCGAUGUGGAUCACGAGUCGAUUUGGAUCGAACCUGUGGCACCGCCGAUUCUUCGAAGGACGCAAAAUUUCGAACCUAAAAUUGUUUGCCGCUUCGAUUCCAGAGCUGUUCAUAGAACGGAACCGUUUUCUUUGCUUCCAGAAAACAUGCCAGAUCACAAGUGUACCCAUCUGAUAUACGAUGCGGCUAUUUUGGACAGAGAAAAUAUCAUCCUUAGAGAUCCAUAUGAUCGAGAUGGUUAUAAUGCUAUUAUAAGACUUCGUUCGCGGGAUCCAACGUUGCGUGUGCUCAUAUCAAUCACAAAUCAGAAUCUACACGACGGUAUAUUCAUCCAAUAUUUCUCCAACGCGACUCUAUUCCCGCAAAAGUCUAUUCUCGAAUUCCUCGAGGAAUAUCCCUUUGAUGGCAUCGAGCUGGACUGGCCGGCUGCUGCCGAGGAUUGGCAAAGCUUCAAGAAUAUGGUCAAGAUAAUCGGCGCUUCAUUGGCCAGGAAAGGAUACACUUUGGCGGUGGCGUUGAGACCGGAGGAUCCCGUGGAUCCAGAGCUGUUAUCGAUCGUCGAUUUGGUAAUUUUGAGAAGCUGGCUGGAUAUGCCAUAUUGUCAAGACGAUAAUUCAAUUUGCGAAAUGAGAAAUGAAAUAAUAGAGAAAGUCGCUGUUCAUCCGGGCCUCUUAAGUUUUGUCGCGCAAAACACGAGCGAAUGGGUUAGACAAGUCAGCGUCGAACAAAGGUCAAAAAUCGUUCUCGCUUUGCCAAUCUUUGGUCAGGGAUAUACCCUGAAAUACGAUAAUCUCACCGACGCCGGCGCGCCCGUUCUGGGACCCGGCAGAGAGGGUGAUUACACUAAAUGGCAAAAUGGAAAAUUAGCUUAUUUUGAGGUAUGCGAUAAAUUGGAGGAAGGAUUGUGGUUCUCCGGCAGGGAUGAGGAAGGGCCGUACGUGAAGCGCGGCGAUCAGUGGAUCGGUUAUGACGAUCCUGUAUCGGUUAAAGUCAAAAUAGCGUAUGUUCGAGCAACGGGACUUGGUGGAGUUGCAUUAUGGUCGCUGGAUCUAGAUGAUUUUCAGGGUAUUUGCGGGAAUCCUUGGCCGAUGCUAAACACGGCUGUACAAUCCUUAGGAUACUAUAAGGAUAUGCUGGCGGAAAAGUGUUCAUUUGAAUAUUAUCUCUUCGGAGUGGAUCCAGAAGAUUGUUCCAGAUUUUACUCUUGCAUCAAAGGGCGGCUGCAUCAUGGUCAUUGCGGCUACAACCGGUACUUCGACUUGCUCGAGGAACGUUGUUUAACAAUUAUCCCGGAGAGACCUCCGGAAAUGUACGGAAAAAACAGCUGCAAGCGCGCGCACAACGUUUUCGAUCGAAUCAUCGAUCAAAAUUCUUUAUUAGGAGUAUCGUCGGAGCAGAGAAAAAUGUUACUGCUACAGCAGAAAGGACCGAGAGUGGUGUGUUAUGUAACUUCCUGGGCAUUGUACCGUAAGGAAGAUGGCAAAUUCGUGCCGGAACAUUUAGAUUCGCAGCUCUGCACCGACAUCGUCUAUGCUUUCGCCGGAUUGAAUCCUGAGACCUUGCUAAUGCAAUCGUUCGAUCCUUGGGCCGACAUCGAAAACAAUCUAUAUCAACGAGUGACUUCUAUCAAAGGAUCGAGAAUAUUAUUAGCUCUGGGCGGAUGGACAGACAGUUCUGGCGAUAAAUACUCUCGAUUAAUCAGCAGCGGUGCCGCUCGCCGUAAGUUCGUCGCGGCCACAGCAAACUACUUGAAGAAGCACAACUUCGAUGGACUAUCGUUCGAGUGGAGUUACCCCAAAUGUUGGCAGAGCGAUUGCAAAAAGGGUCCGGACUCCGACAAGCCCAACUUUACUAAACUGAUACAAGAACUGAGAGAGGAAUUUGACAAACAGGAACCACCUCUUCACUUAGCCGUCGCUUUAUCGGGAUAUAAGGAGGUCAUCGAUAAAGCGUACGAGAUGCGCGAGAUCUCGCGAGCCGUCGACUUCAUGUCGGUUAUGACGUAUGAUUACCACGGCGCCUGGGAAUCUAAAUCGGGACACAUAGCACCCUUGUUCGGCUCACCUGGCGAUAGCAACCCUUAUUAUAACGUCAAUUUUACCAUGAGCUACCUUGUUAGCCUCGGUGCUGAAAAAUCUAAGCUUUUAGUCGGUAUUCCAUUAUACGGUCAAUCUUAUCGACUUUCUACGGCGAACCAAGCUGGUCUGGGUGACCCCACGACAGGUCCCGGUAAGCCGGGAGAGUUCACCAAACAACCUGGAAUGUUGGCUUAUUAUGAGAUUUGCGACAGAAUCAAGCGGCAUGGUUGGAAAACAGAACUCGGACCAAGUGCUCAGUUCGAGGAUCAAUGGGUAGGUUACGAAAAUCGAGAGAGUGUCUACGCUAAAGGUAAAUAUAUAACGGUUAAUGGCUACGGUGGAGCUACAAUGUGGACCGUCGACCUAGAUGAUUUUCAAAACCGUUGCUGCUCGGAAUCGUAUCCUCUAUUGAAAGCUAUUAAUCGUGCGUUAGUUUAUAUCUUCUUCUCAGAUUCGACACAUGCAUAUACCUCGACGACAAGUCGACGUCCAUUGUUGAGUUCAACCAGAAGACCAUCUAUCACAACCAUUGUUACAACCACGUCGACGACAACGACGACGGCGCCGAAGACGACUACAAGAUUCACCACAUCGAAACCUAUUGUUAUCGUGACAUCGACGCAAAAACCGUUAAAACCAUGCCAACACGGACAAUAUUACCCUUAUCCGAAUUCGUGCACAAGUUUUCUAGUCUGCGUAAACGGCGAUCUCGUCUCACGGCAGUGCGGCCCUGGCUUAAAUUGGAAUACUGAGAAGAACAUGUGCGAUUGGGCCUUCAAAAAUCCAUGCGUCGAGGCCCCACCUCAUAAAAACGCUCUGCUUGUGGGAAAGGAUAGCGUCCCUACUACCUGCAUCUCUGGCAGCUAUAGUAGCGUACCGGGUGACUGUAAGAGCUACCAGGCGUGUCUUUGGGGUCGUCAGGAAGUGUUUAGCUGCGCGCCGGGCUUGCACUUCAAUAAAGAGACCCGUAUUUGUGACUGGCCGACCCGGGCCAAAUGUAUAGACGAUAACAAAGAAGCCACCACGCAAGUAGCAAUAUCGACGACGGAUUUACCAGCUCAACCACCGGUUUCGCAAAAACCGAUCACGCAACCGACUACGGAACAAGCACCCGUUACGUCAACCACGAGUCAACCUACAUCAACUACGAGUCAAUCUACAUCAACUUUGCCUUCCGCGACUAUAGAUCCUGACAAGGUGUCCCCACUGUCUGGCGACUUCAAGGUGGUAUGUUAUUUUACCAAUUGGGCAUGGUACCGUCGUGGGAUCGGUCGUUACCUUCCGGAACACAUUGAUCACACUUUAUGCACACAUAUCGUGUACGGAUUCGCGGUGCUGGAUUAUUCCGAACUGGUGAUCAAAGCACACGACUCCUGGGCAGAUUACGAUAAUCGUUUCUACGAGCGGGUAGUGGCAUACAAAAAACGGGGCCUUAAAGUACUUCUCGCGUUAGGCGGCUGGAAUGAUUCGGCUGGUGAUAAGUACAGUCGAUUGGUGCACAGUUCGUCUGCCAGGAACAAGUUUAUCGAUCACGCUAUUCAAUUCAUCGAGAAAUACGGCUUUGACGGAUUAGAUUUGGAUUGGGAGUAUCCGGUUUGCUGGCAGGUAGACUGCAAGAAGGGCCCAGAUUCGGACAAGGAAAGGUUUGCGACCCUAUUACAGGAAUUGAGCGCAAAGUUCAAACCAAAGGGACUGUUGCUUUCGGCAGCAGUCUCGCCGAGCAAGAAGGUAAUCGACAAAGGCUACGACGUACCGGCGUUGGCCAUGUAUCUAGAUUGGAUCGCCGUCAUGGCAUAUGACUAUCAUGGACAGUGGGAUAAAAAAACUGGUCACGUGGCGCCUAUGUAUUAUCAUCCGGACGACGACUACUCUUACUUUAACCUUAACUAUUCGAUCAAUUAUUGGAUUUCGAAGGGCGCAUCACCCAAGAGUAUCGUCAUGGGCAUGCCAUUGUACGGGCAGUCCUUCACAAUUAACGAUCCGAGAGCGGGAACUGGACUGAAUUCCCCGGCUAGCGCCGGAAAUGCCGGUGAAUUUACUAGAGCCGCCGGUUUUCUAUCCUAUUACGAGAUCUGCGAUCGCGUACGCAACCGUGGCUGGACGAUUGUGCAGGAUCCAGAGUACAGAAUGGGUCCGUACGCCUAUAAGGGCAGCCAGUGGGUCAGUUUCGAUGACCCGGAAAUGAUUCGGCGAAAAGCCGAGUUCGUGCGCGACAUGGGUCUGGGCGGUGGUAUGGUGUGGGCCCUAGAUUUGGACGAUUUCCGCGGACGAUGCGGCAACGGACCUCAUCCGCUGAUGCAUGUGAUCCAACAAGUAUUAGCGGAACCACGGAGCCAUUAUGUGUGGCCCGAAAAUCAAAAGCCAACAACAACGACGAUGACGACAUCAGUUACCAUCAAACCCACGCAAAUGAUACGGCCAACUAUGUCAGUGGAUCGCUUUAUGCAUAACACUUCCAGAAAUGAGUUUAAAGUCAUUUGCUACUUUUGCAACUGGGCCUGGUAUCGGCAGGAGGGCGGCAGAUUCGUUCCAGAAGACAUAGAUCCUGAUCUUUGCACCCACGUGCUUUACGGAUUCGCCGUCCUCGAUGGUAGCAGCUUGACGAUCAAGUCCCACGAUCCUUGGGCCGACAUAGAUAAUAAAUUUUACGAAAAGGUGGCAGCAUUGAAGUCGAAGGGUCUGAAGGUGCUGAUGGCGCUGGGCGGUUGGAACGACUCGGCUGGCGAUAAAUACAGCAGACUUGUAAACUCACCUACUGCUAGGCAGAAGUUCGUUACGCAAGCUUUGCACUUUAUCGAAAAAUACGGUUUCGAAGGCCUCGAUCUCGAUUGGGAGUAUCCGGUGUGCUGGCAAGUGGACUGCAAGAAAGGUCCAGAGUCUGAUAAGGAAGGUUUCAGCCAACUGGUGAAAGAACUGAGCGACGAGUUUAAACCGAGGGGGUUGCUUCUCUCCGCGGCCGUCUCACCGAGCAAAAGGGUAAUCGACGCGGGAUAUAAUGUUCCCGUUCUGUCAAAAUAUUUAGACUGGAUAUCUGUGAUGACCUACGAUUUUCAUGGACAAUGGGACAAGAAGACCGGUCACGUGGCACCCUUGUAUCAUCUUCCGAACGACUGGGAACCGACAUUUAAUGCCAAUUUUUCAAUCCAUUAUUGGAUAGAGAAAGGUGCGAACCCGCAAAAGUUAGUCAUGGGCGCUCCGUUAUACGGGCAAUCGUUUUCAUUAGCGGAAAGAAAUGUGCACGGAUUAAACGCGCCAACCUACGGUGGUGGUGAGGCUGGAGAGGCGACCAGAGCAAGAGGCUUCUUGUCAUAUUACGAGAUAUGCGAAAGAACAUUAGAAAAAGGAUGGACAGUUGUUCAAGACAAAGAGAGAAGGAUCGGCCCUUACGCAUACAAGGGUGACCAAUGGGUGAGCUUCGACGACGCUCAUCAAAUUAAACUAAAGGCAGAAUUAAUUAAGAAGCUUGGUCUCGGGGGCGGGAUGAUUUGGGCUUUAGACUUGGACGAUUUUAAAAACAGAUGCGGCUGCGAACCUAGUCCGCUAUUGAGAACGAUGAAUCGAGUAUUAAGAAACUAUCCGGAGGGCCCGCUGUGCCCUAUCACAAAAGGUACAGAAGCGAUCAUAAUCGAUGUUGAACAGACUGACAGCGAGUCCACUACUAUCACUGAACGUCCGAUAUACGAAUCUACAACUUCGCCGAGACCAACGUAUACACCACCAUUAAUCACAUCAACGACGACGAUAGAAUCAGAAACGGAUGAUACUGUUGAGAUCGAAGCGAGUUUGCCACCGCCGAUUGAUUGCGGAGGACUUUUGUUCCUACCGCACAAGAGCGAUUGCACCAAGUAUUACUUGUGCAACUUCGGCAAGAUCUCGGAACAGACCUGUCCAACUGGACUCUACUGGAAUGAAAAUCGAUGUGAUUGGCCGGAGAAUACUAGAUGCGCCCAGACUGCUCAACGUCAAAUCACCGUAUCGCCAAGACUGACAAUAGUUGAGAAUGCGAACGAUAAGAAGGUGGUUUGCUAUUACACUUCUUGGUCUUCGAGGCGGACAGGUUUUGGCAAAUUUUUGCCGGAGGACAUCGACGGAGAACUGUGCACGCAUAUCGUCUACGCCUUCGCUAUGCUAAAUAUUUGGGAGCCGGAAAAUAGAAGGAAUACGCCGAUAUUUACGCUGAAACUCGAGGAUUCUGCUGACGUUUACAAACAGUUCCUCAAUAAAGCAGCAGAAAUUAGAAAAAGAUACGGCGUUAAAAUAUUACUCGGUUUAGGAGGAUGGAACGACUCCAAGGACAACAAGUACAGCAGGUUGGCCGAUUCGUCAACGGUUGAACAGUUUACGCAACAUGCCGCGCGAUUUGUUCAAAAGCACGGUUUCGAUGGUUUGGAUCUCGAUUGGGAAUUUCCAGUAUGCUGGCAGGCUGAUUGUAAUCGUGGUUCUCAGCGCGAUAGUUACAACUUUUACCGGCUGCUUCGCAAAUUCAACGAAACUUUUAGAUCUAAAGGACUCCUCUUAUCCAUCGCAGUCUCAGCGAGCAAGAUCAUCAUCGAUAAUGCCUAUGUCGAGAUCCCGUCCUUAGUACAAUACGUAGACUGGAUCGGCGUAAUGGCAUAUGACUAUCAUAACGCUUGGGGACGCGAGACCGGUCAUGUUGCACCGCUCUAUCAUCAUCCCAGCGAUUACACAGUAUUCAUGAACGCAAACUUUUCCGUGAGAUAUUGGCUCGACAAAGGCGUACCGGCCGACAAGAUUGUCAUGGGUAUACCCGCUUACGGAUCAAGCUUCACUCUGUCCGAGAUAUCACAAAACUACACUACUGUACCAUUAGGCUUCCACGCGGAAGUCUCUGGACCCGGAGAACCCGGCAAGUUCACGAGAUCGGCUGGUUUUCUGGCUUAUUACGAGAUAUGUGAUAACGUGAGAAAUGACGGCUGGUCCGUGACGAAAGAUCCGGAAGANCGUGUCGGAUCCUAUGCAUCGAAACGCGAUCAGUGGGUCAGUUACGACGACACGUCCAAUAUAGCAAGAAAGGUGAUCAUUCCAGAUUUCCUAGAGAAGAUAAUGCAAAAAUGGAAAAAAACAGUUCAGAAAAGACUGAAAUUUCUUGUCACAUUCCAAAAAUUGAAAAAUUAA